AUGGGAGAAGGAGAUGGAACAAACUCAUCAGGUGGAACAAAGGGAAAAGAUAUAGUCUAUGAUUCGCCGAAGAAAAAUCUGGUGUAUCAUCUUGGAUCAAGUGGUGGCCUUGGAAUUCUAAUAACUCCGAUUGCUUUGAAAGGAACCAAUUAUGAUGAAUGGGCUAGAGCCAUUAAAAGAUCUUUGAUAGCUAAGAGGAAGUUUGGUUUUGUUGAUGGUACCAUCAAACAACCUGAAGACCCUGACCAGUUGGACGAAUGGAUUGUUUUCCAUUUAGUGGUGGUUUCCUGGAUUAAUAACACGCUGGAUUCUUCAAUCAUAUCCACGUUAGGAGAUUAUGACAAUGCGAGUCUUCUAUGGACACACUUGAAGAAGAGAUUUUGUGUUGUCAGCGGCACAAGAAUCUGUCAACUAAAAUCUUCUUUGAGUGAGUGUAAACAAGGGAAGUCUGAGAGUGUUGUUGUCUAUUAUGGAAGAUUAAACAAAAUCUGGGAUGAGCUACUCACUGCUGAACAAUUGUUAGCACGAGAUCCUUUACCAGUUAUUGAUGCUGCGUACCAAACUGUGGUGAACUCUGAGAGAUUAAGAAUGGGAGAUGGUCUUCUAUCUAAAGAAGUGCAGGAGAAUGUGAUGGCGUUUAAAGUGCAACCUGAUCAGACAGCAACUACAAGCAUAUUUCGUGGUGGUAGAGGAUCUGGUAGAGGCGGCAGAGCUGUUGGUAGAGGCCGAGAUGGAGCUGGCUUGGUUGGCGUAACAGCGGCUCAGCUUCAACAAAUGCUGGACUAUUUGAGUUUAAACAAAUCAAAACUACAAUUGCAAGGUAAACAGAAUCGUACUUCCUGGAUUGUGGAUACAUGGGAUACGAAUCAUGUCACAUGUAACAUUUAUGACAUGAUAGAAGUAAAAGAAAUUACGGCAUGCUCAGUAGGCUUGCCAGAUGGAAAUUCUGCGAACUCUGAUAAAAUAGGGACUGUGAUUCUUCCUGGUGGUUUGAAGCUUAACAAUGUUCUCUAUGUACCUCAAAUAACAUUUAAAGUGCUUGCAGUUCGUGGAGAUUCAUAUGAGCUAUGGCAUCAAAGAAUGGGACUUCCGACAGAGAAAUUUGACAAGGAAAUCAAAAAUGUUAGGAGUGACAAUGGAACAGAAUUUAAUACUUUGUGUGGUUAUUUUAAGACCAAUGGAAACAUAUUUGAGACGUCUUGUGUUGGUACAUCCCAACAAAAUGGGAGAGUUGAGAGAAAACAUCAACAUAUAAUGAAUGUUGCAAGAGCUUUGAGAUUCCAAACUAAUUUAUCAAUACAGUUUUGGGUGGAGUGUGCAUUGACUGCAUCAUACUUAAUUAAUCGAACACCAACACCUUUGCUCAAUAAUAAGAGUCCAUAUGAAAUUAUGUUUGGAAAGUUACCUCCAUAUGAUCAGUUGAGAGUGUUUGGAUGUUUGUGUUAUAUGCACAAUCAGAAUAGUAAAGGAGAUAAGUUAGCAAGUCGAGGAAGAAGGUGUGUAUUUCUUGGUUAUCCAUUUGGUAAAAAGGCAUGGAAAGUUUAUGACUUAGACACAAAACAAUUUUUGGCACCAAGAUAUGCAGAUUUUUAUGAAUAUCAGUUUCCAUAUGUGAUAGCCAAUGUUGAGCAGUCAAAUAAUAUUGCUCCAUCAAGCAUUGAAACAUGUUGGAGUUAUGAUGAGGAUAGAGAAGAAGUACAGUCGCCUGGAGAAGUUAUUGAAACUCGACAGCCUGAGAUGCAACAACAACAAAGAAGUGAUGAUACACAUCUUGGUAUUGAAUGUGCAACAGAAUAA